UGUGGCACAGAGCAGGUCCAGACAGGGAGGCUGGACCAUGGCUGGCAAGAAGGUCUGCAUCGUGGGCUCAGGCAACUGGGGCUCAGCUAUUGCCAAGAUUGUGGGUGGCAAUGUGACCCAGCUGGCACGAUUUGACCCUCGGGUCUCCAUGUGGGUGUUUGAGGAGGAAGUUUCAGGCCAAAAGCUAACAGAGAUCAUUAACACGAAGCAUGAGAAUGUCAAAUACCUGCCUGGGCACAAGCUGCCGCCCAAUGUGGUAGCUGUACCAGAUGUGAUCCAGGCAGCAGCAGAUGCAGACAUCCUUGUUUUCGUGGUGCCCCAUCAAUUCAUUGGCAAAAUCUGUGACCAGCUUAAGGGUCAUCUGAAGGGAGAUGCCAUUGGGGUGUCUCUGAUCAAGGGUGUGGAUGAAGGCCCUGACGGACUGAAGUUGAUCUCUGAGGUGAUCCAGGAACGACUGGACAUCCCUAUAAGUGUGCUGAUGGGAGCCAAUAUUGCCAAUGAGGUGGCUGAUGAGAAAUUCUGUGAAACCACCAUUGGCUGCAAGGACCUGGCCCAAGGGCAGCUGCUGAAGGAGUUAUUGCAGACACCAAAUUUCCGAAUAACUGUGGUGCAAGAAGUGGACACAGUAGAGAUCUGUGGGGCCCUCAAGAAUGUGGUUGCUGUUGGAGCUGGCUUCUGUGAUGGCCUGGGCUUUGGGGACAACACGAAGGCUGCUGUGAUCCGGCUGGGACUCAUGGAAAUGAUAGCAUUCUCCAAGCUCUUCUGCAAAGGCCCAGUCUCCUCAGCUACCUUCUUGGAAAGCUGUGGGGUUGCUGACCUCAUCACUACCUGCUAUGGGGGCCGGAACCGAAAAGUGGCUGAAGCGUUUGCCAGAACUGGAAAGUCUAUCGAACAGCUGGAAAAAGAGAUGCUGAAUGGGCAGAAGCUUCAAGGGCCCCAGACAGCUCGAGAGCUGCACAGCAUUCUGAAGCACAAGGGCCUAGUGGACAAGUUCCCCUUGUUCACGGCAGUGUACCAGGUGUGCUAUGAGGGUCACCCAGUCCAGAAAUUUAUCCAGUGCCUUCAGAACCACCCAGAACACAUGUGAGCAGCACUGGAGCUUGGGUUACUGGAGACACCCAGUUUCCUGAACCGGACUCCGGGGCAUAUUGGGCCCUGAGAACUUUUCAAAGGUUCUCAGUCACUCAACCUCAGCUUGGCCCUUUCUUUUCCUCAGAGUACGGGGAGCCUUGGGGCUUAAGGACCCAUGGAAACCUCUGCACAGGGGGCCAAACCGGACCCAAGCAAUUGACCUCAUCUCAGCUUGGAGAUUCUUAAAUUCUUGUAUCUUCCUCUUUCCCCCUCCUCCUCUCCAGGGGGUCAGGCCACUUUUCUUUUCUAUUUGGGUAUGGGGGAAAUGAACCUCAACGCCCUCUGGAUAACUGGGGGCUAGGAUGGCUGCUGCAUUUUGCUGACCUAAAAAAAUGAUGGCCAAAGCUAAGAGCCCUGCCCUCCAGGCCCCAUGCCCAAUCAAGUGGCUGCUUCUUGUGGAAGUGAGGAAGUUGGGGCAGAGGUUGCUCAGGAGGUGGGCUCCAGUUGGGGGAGGGAGAAGAUAGAGCCUUGUGAAACUCCUUGGCUCUGACCCUACCAGGGGCACCAUCCUGUGUCAAUGGAUUUCAGUGUUUGUAACAAAAUACAAAGAUUUCAUCUCUUGUCCAGCUUCUCCUAGCAACAUCUCUGUCCUCAGAACCUUCUGAGCAUGUCCCUUCCCCUCCUCCCCUGGCAUCCAAAUCAGCUGGCCUGGCAUCAGAGGCCCUGGGGCCCUGUCUCCUCCCUGGGGCCUUCCUGGUUCCUGGCUUUUUGAGCUUUGGCACUUUCCAUGGCCCUGGAGCUCCUCUCCUACGCGAGUGACCUUUCUAGUGAGUUCCCUGCUCUCCCCCAGUUCUCUCUCACUGAGUAUCAGGAACUUAAUCUGCUGACUGAGGCACCUCCUGUACCUUUUCAGAGUGGCUUUGACUCUGACCUUUUCAUUUCCCACCCCCUGCCUGCCCUCCCCCUAGCCUUCAGCUGAGGAUAUGACUUCCCUACAGGGAAUUACUCCCUGACUGCCACCCCUCCCUUUCCUAAAAUACUCAUGCUCCUCAGCCUCAAUUCAGCCAAGCAGAAGGAACCACUGCUGAUCUCAUGGGCUUUGGGAAGGGUGCUCCAGGGAACACAGGCCCUUUAUCCUCCUGCUUUGGGGAGUCUUCACAUGAGAAGCAGGGAGGGUGGGGGACAGGCUGAGGGAAAAGGAAUCCCCAGAUGCCACAGCCCGACAUGCAGAAUUAGAAUUAGUGGGGCCCAAGGGGAAGCAGGGCUCUGGAUGAGAGAGGGUCCACUCCCUAAGAGCUAGGAGUGUUCUCAGAGGAAUGCCUGUCUACGUUGCCUCAAAAACAUCAAAUCCAGGGUGUAGGGGAGAGAAGAAAUAUCCACACCUAAGUGAAGGAAAGGGAAUAGGGAGGAGAGAAAGAAAGGGAAGGAAGGAGAAAGGAGAGACUGUCUGUGAGUGAGUGAGUGUUCUUGGCAAUGGCCUUAGUCAAAGAUCAGAUGGCAGCAUCAGGAAUGUCAAUAGAUCAGCAGCUUGGGUGCUACUCUAUUAAUAGUCUUUUGGGGUUCUGUCCAGCCAGCAGAGGGGACACUAGUCAGUGAAUGUCUGUGGUCCACCAAGAAAUGGUAACUCUAUACCACCUCCCUCCCCAUACCAGGGACUCAUUAAAGGCCUCUAGCCACUGUUGGGGUAAGAACUGUGAGUUUCAGGAAAUGAAUUGCCUGGCAAGGACUACCAAGCCCCUGGAAAACUGAGAUGAGAGAGGCCUCCCAGUGCUUUUGGAGCUGUACUGUCAUACCAAUUUUCCUCCUCAGGAAGCUGAGAUGGAAAGACUAAAGAACUCCCCACCCCCUGGAAAUAGAUCUAAACUAAAGUAAUAUGACUUAUUGACACUAACUUAUUGAUCCCUAACUUUAAUCUGAAUCCUUCAAAUCAAACGAUCUUUUUUAUACAAUAAAAUCAGGUUAUUUUCUGAA